AUGUCCAACACCAGCAUGAACAUGGGCAGGGCCACCUUCUAUGAGGACAGGAACUUCCAGGGCCGCUCUUAUGAGUGCAGCUCCGACUGCCCUGACAUGUCUUCCUACAUGAGCAGGUGCCAAUCCUGCAGGGUUCAGAGCGGCUGCUUCAUGGGGUACGAGCGCCCCAACUACAUGGGAAACCAGUUCUUCAUGAGGAGGGGAGAGUACUCAGACUACCAGAGUAUGAUGGGAAUUACCGAUGGUAUCAGGUCCUGCCGCAUGAUCCCCAUGCACCGUGGAAACUUCAGGAUGAGGAUCUACGAGAGGGAGAACUUCGGAGGUCAGAUGCACGAGAUGAUGGACGACUGUGACUCCAUACAGGAGCGUUACCGUAUGUCUGACUGCCAGUCCUGCAACGUGAUGGACGGCCACUGGCUGAUGUAUGAGCAGCCCCACUUCAGAGGCAGGCAGAUGUACAUGAGGCCUGGAGAGUACAGGAACUUCAGAGAUAUGGGCAUGGGAAUGGGAGGCAUGAGCGGUGGCAUGAGGUUCAUGAGCAUGAGGCGUAUCAUGGAUAACAUGACUAUUGGGAUUCGUCUCGCCCUUCCCAGGGAGUUUUAUGGGACGGCGGCACGCUGCCAGGGGUUCCUGCUGCAGCUGGACCUGUAUCUGGGGACCAUCCACCCAACUCCUUCGGGACGUGAGAGGGUGUCCGCCCUCGUCUUGUGCCUCUCGGGGAAAGCCCUGGAGUGGGCUAAAGUCGUGUGGGUAGAAGCAGAUGCGGCGCUGGACCACUUCGAGGAGUUCACGUGA